AUGAAAAUGUCGGCGUCUGACACAUCCCAGGUUCUGAAGGAGGGUGAGCUCGAGAAGAGAAGCGACAAUCUCCUCCAGUUUUGGAAGAGGAAGACAUGUGUGCUCACCACUGACAGCCUGAAUAUCUACGCCGACAAUCAGAAGAAGACAAAGAGCAAAGAGCUCAAACUACAGUCCAUCAAAAAGGUCGACUGUGUUGAGCGCACUGGCAAAUUUGUCUAUUUCACCAUUGUUACCACGGACAAUAAGGAGAUUGACUUCAGAUGCUCGGGGGAGGACAACUGUUGGAAUGCAGUCAUUACAAUGGCUUUGAUUGACUUUCAGAACAGAAAAGCCAUUCAGGACUUUAAAUCACGACAGGACGUAGAAAACACGUCCCUCGGACAGCAGGAGAGGCGAAUGGCUAGAGCACCCUGA